AUGGCACCCGAACAGUCCGCAUCACCACCAGGAAGGCGGAGAACAGGUGCAAAUAGGGAGAAUCAAUACUUGUUUAACUUAGGAGUCAAGGGAAGGAAAACUGGUGUUGAGCUCCCAGAUACUGGAAUUCGCGACGCAAAUGGCUUAGAACCAAUGGACGAUUUAUUCUCCCCCGAUAAACCUGAAAGUAUUAAGACGAGUAGAAGCGCAAAUGGACCACGGAGAAACGCGCUGGAGGACGCGACAAUAUCUAGUGAGGAGGAUAUGGAUAUGGACGGAGAAAAUACAGCCCCGGAACCUACUGAAGUCUUGAACCAACGAAGACAAGAUGCGCGAUUGGCCUUGCCUAUACCUAGAUCGAGGUCGCCUUUAAAAACUCACCUACAGUCGCCAGCCCGCAGGCAUCCAUCAUUCGGCAUUUCUUCACCCGCCAAAGAAGCAUCUAGCGAAGCCGAUGAUACGGGCCCUGUCCGACGAAAGUUGGAUUUCUCAGCCGAUGAUAUAGCAGUCGAAACGAAACAAGCAACGAGUGCUCCCAAUGGACGAGGAAAACCAGGACGCCCAGCACUAGGUAAUCUUACAAAUGGGACUAGACUUUCACCCGGCAGACUUCCUCCCCAAACUUUAAACCAGAGUAGCGAUGGCAUGGAGAAUCAAGACGAGAGUGCAUUAGAGUUCGAAGAUGAUUCGAAUCAAUACAACGCUCCGGAUGACGAGGAUGACGAUGCCGCUGUCGAUGCGCUCGAGGGAAACUCAGACUUGGUAGAAGCGUAUGGGGAACAAGAAGCGGAAGAAGAGAUUGAACAAGUGGGUGAGCCAGAACCGGAACCUUCCCCGCCCAGAAAAGCAGCAAGUAAGAACAAAGGGAAAGGAAAAGGUAAAGUGAUUGAGGAACCAGAGCCAGAGGAAGUACCGGAACUAGAGCAGCCCCCACCAAAACGCAGAGGCAGGAAACCGAAAAAUUCGGCUCCUCAAAUCGAACCUGUGGAGGAAGAAAGAAAGGAAAUCAAAGAAAGACCUACAAAGAAAGCACGACGAUCUGCAGAACCUGUCGAAGCACCCGAACCUACAAAGAGAAAACCUGGAAAACCUGGAAGACCGAGUAAUGCCACGAAAUCCACCUAUGUACCCAAAGCAGCGGCGAAAUCAAAAGGUCGAUCACAUAUGGCCCCAAUACCUGAGGUGGACUCACCUCUAGUUCACCGCGGUCCCCCUAUUCCCAGGAAAAAUGGCCUCUAUAUUCUUCGACGCGAGACGGCAUUGGGUGGCACUGGAAUGCUACGAACCAGAUCUGGCCGUAACUCAAUGAAGCCUCUCGCAUUCUGGAAGGGUGAACACGUCGAAUAUGACGAUGACGGAACGGUACCAGAUGGAACCCACGGUGCAAAGAUUCUGUUACCUAGCAUUAAGGAGGUUGUUCGUGUAGAUGAAGUAGAGCAAGAAAAGCGCUCGAGACCGAAAUAUCAAAAAUCUAGCAAAAGCAAAUCAAAGAAGAGGGUGCGAGAAGAAGUUGAUGAAGAUUCGGAAACAGAAGAAUGGGAAUCCCAAACUGGUCGCGUUGAAGGUUCAGUACGAAUAUGGGAUCCGGAAGAUCAAGUUGGAGAAAAUGCUGCAGAGAAAGUGGAAGAUGUUGCUUUUUCGUCAGCUGCAAUCAAGACUCGCGAUAUUCCAAAUGCUUCAUUCAAAUUUGCCAAAACCCUUACAUUGCCCUUUUUCGGUUCAGGUAUGGUCGACCUCGAACCUGGCGCUGUCAAGAAACCAAAGAAUUCGAGGAAGAUGCAGAUGGUGUUUUUCGUGUUCUAUGGCCGAGUUGAAGUUUCGGUCAACGAAACGACUUUCAGAAUUGGCAAAGGUGGAAUGUGGCAAGUCCCUCGAGCGAGAAUAUUUUUCGCGCAAGGCUGUGAACUUGAAGAUUCGGAAGGCGGUGCUGCUCCACCUGCAAGUCAAUAA